GUGACGUAGUCUGACGAGAAGAGAACGAAAACAAGCAGAGGAGCUGAAACGCGGAAGCGCCCGGGUCCCGUCUUCUCUAUAACACUCGCUCCUCUGGGCUCCUCGGUGUCGCUGGACAAGUCACCUCCAGUCUUUACAGAUUAAAUAUGUCAGCUUUACAAGACCUCCCAUCUUCAAGUGGCAGCUUACAGACGUCCAACUUCGCACACGUGAUCUUUCAAAAUGUGGCUAAAAGUUACCUUCCAAGUGCUCCUCUGGAAUGCCACUACACCUUGACUCAGUAUAUCCACCCCCAUCCUAAAGACUGGGUUGGCAUUUUUAAGGUUGGAUGGAGCACUGCACGAGAUUAUUAUACGUUUUUGUGGUCCCCCAUGCCUGAGAAUUAUGUACCAGAUUCAACUCAUAACUGCGUGCUGACUUUUCAGGGAUACUAUCUUCCAAAUGAUGAUGGAGAAUUUUACCAGUUCUGUUAUGUGACCCAUAAGGGAGAAAUACGUGGAGCCAGCACACCCUUCCAGUUUCGCACAUCGUCUCCUGUAGAUGAACUGUUAACGAUGGAAGAUGAAGGACAUUCAGACAUGUUGGUGGUAACAACAAAGGCAGGUCUGCUUGAGCUAAAAAUAGAAAAGACUAUGAAAGAAAAAGAGGAGUUGCUGAAGAUAACUACUGUACUGGAGAAAGAGACAGCCCAGCUAAGGCAAGAGGUGGAACGACUGGAAAGUGCCCUGUCACGUGAAAGAGAGCGUUCUGACCAUCUGGUCGCAGAGCGGGAUGGAUUGCUUAAAGCCUCUGACAUCCUAAGAGCUGAAAGUGAAGAAGGGAAGAAAGUAUGUAAAGAAAUGUCUUCAAAAAUCCUUCAAGUUGAAGAAGACCUUUUGACUGUGACUCAGAAAGCUAUAGAAAAGGAAACUGAAUUAGAUAGCAUAAAAGAUAAACUUAAGAAAAUAAAAUUAGAGCGAGAACAACUGGAAUUUCAAUUAAAAAAUGAAAAAGAUGAAAAGGAACUGUAUAAGGUUCAUCUGAAGAAUACAGAGAUUGAGAACACAAAGCUACUGACCGAGGUGCAGACGUUACAAACUCUAGAUUUAAGUAAAGAGAAUGUAAUAACACAUUACAAAGAGGAACUGGGCAAAAUGAAGCUGUGUCUGUCUGAUAAAGAGAGUCUGUGUACAGAACUGCUCCAACAUGCUUCCGAGAAGGAAGACAUACGCUUUUUAAAGCAACAGCUUCGUAAAAUUGAGGAUGAUCAUCAGGCCAGCAGACAGGAGGUUUCCUUAAUGUCCAAGGAGCUUAGUGAUGCAGUAAAUAUACGUGAUAAAACUAUGAGUGACCUUCAUACAUCUCGCCUGGAGACUGAAAGUGUGAAGAAGCAGCUUGCGAAUGCUUUGGCUGAGCUCAGUCUGCGGGAUAGACAACCAAUCUCUAACAGGGCCUCAAGAAAGGAUCAGGAUACGGAGAGCAGUAGAGUUGAGCAAGAACUGCGCAAAGAGGUUGAAGACCUGAAGCUGAGACUACAAAUGGCAGCCGACCACUAUAAGGAAAAAUUUAAGGAAUGCCAGAAACUUCAGAAACAAGUAGUAAAACUCACAGAUCAACUUAAAGCUUCAGAAAGUCAGCAAAAGACCGCAGAUCUGUAUGGGAUUUCUGAGGCAUCAGCUGCAGAUGUUCCAAAUUUUACUCCACCAGUGAGUCCAUUUUCUUCUCAUUCUAUUCCUGAAUUUGUCAUCAAAGAACAAGUGGCAGACAUGAAUAAAGAAAUAGCUGAGAAAGCAGAAAAGUAUCGGAAAUACAAGCAAAUGCUAGCUGAGGAAAAAGCAAAGAGCAGCGCUUAUGCUGAUGAUGUGGCCAAGAUGGAGUUAAAGUGGAAGGAACAACUUAAAAUUAAUGAAAGUAUCAAACUUCAGCUAGCUGUCCUUGAGGAUCAGUAUAAGAUCCAGUCGGCGGAGAAAGAUCGGGAAAUCUCAGAGCUGACUUGCCAUGUAGAAGUGCUGCUGAGCGAAAAGAGUAAACUGGAGAAUGACCUAAAGGAAGUUCAUUUGCAAAGACUGUCAGCCAGGGCAGCAAGUAAUCACGCGUUACCAGGCACCAUCCCACAGGGCCUGCAGUUCUUUAAUCCGUAUUGUGAAGAACAUCGGGAAGUUCCUGUAAUCCCAAUACAACCUCCAGUACUGCAGUUUGGAAAUCCUUAUGCAGCACAGACAACCAGAGAUGGUGCAGAUGGAGCUUUCAAUGCAGAUGAAGUGCAGGGACCUCCAGCGAGGCCACCUUCAUGGGGCCUGGUAGACAAGGUGGUCUGCAGUCAGCCCGCUAGGAACCUUACCCGGCCAGAUGGUUUGGAAGAUCCUGAUGAGAAUAAUCAGGAUGAUGAUAAUGUGGCUUUACAACUGGACCAAGAUCCCCCAAGCUUUCUGGGACAGGAUCAGUCUGGAUUUUGCUUUGAUCCAAGAUACACAAUACAUAAGAAAUGCCCUCUAUGCACCAUGGUAUUUCCUCCCAACUACAAUCAGAGUCAGUUUGAAGAGCAUGUGGAGAGUCACUGGAAGGUGUGCCCAAUGUGCAAUGAGCAGUUCCCCCUGGAGUAUGACCAGAAGGCGUUCGAGCAGCAUGUGCAGACCCAUUUUGAUGGCAAUGUCCUGAAUUUUGAAAACUAAGUCUCUUUAGCUUUGCGGUGUUUUGAAUUGUAGCGGUGAGAAGUUCACUUUAAAAACUAGAAAGAGCUGAAAUAAACUGUUAACUCCCUGUGAUGUUUAUUCUGGUAGAGGGGUUUCUCCUGUAUGUAUCAGACCUCUAUUGAGAGAUCGCAUUCUGUUUUAGCUGUUCAAUGCACAAAGCAAAGUCACGUCCUGCACUUUUCUUUCCAUGGUCUGGCGAAGAUUCCUGGUGGUAGAACACUGCAUGUCUUGUAUUAUUUGAUUUUGUGUUAAGUAUUUUUUUUGUUGUGAUUGAGUUUUCUUGGCAAUACACAUGGUCCACGUAACCUUAUCCAAGAUACCUUUUAAAGGAUAUAUCCAGGAAGAAGAAAACGUCUUACCUGUUCUGCUCCCCGGCGCUCACUUCCACCCCAUGCACGUCUGGGAAGUAUACCUUCUGAGUCUAUAGUUGGUGCCAGUUGCUUUCUUGCAUGCUGGCGUAACCACACUUGGAGGAGAAGACAAAUAGCUGCACGAUGUGACGGCAACAUCACGCAGAUAUUAGAAUAGAGCAGACAACCCCUUACUCCACUGCACUGGCUGCAUACACAUUGGGGGGGGGGGGGUUAAUUUAUCAAUGCUAACUGGAAAACCGACACAAAAGUUACUUUUUUUUAUUUUUUUACAUUUGCAUAAAAAUAUUUAAGCCAGUUUUUUGGUGUAAAGCAUUAUAUCCCCACCCCCUCCUCUGUCUAAUGCUCUUUUUGUAGCCCCACAUUUUCCGGUUUGGCUCAGGCUGUGAUACUUCAGUUCGCCCUUGAACUCCUACAGUUGUCACAUUGGCGCUCUUUCCCUUGCACACAGGCAACCAGUUGUUUGAAAAGAUUGCGAAAAAAAAUAUGAGCAGCUUCCUGAUAACAGCAUGCAAGACUCCAACGCGUACGCAGCCAUAUUGUAGACUCCCUGGAAGGCUUCACCCUGAUGACUUAGUUUCCAUAAGAAUACCUUUGGAUUUACGCAAUAGCUGCAUCUUAGUGUGUAGUUUAUAUGUGACUGGUUCACUUUAACAGCAAGUGAAACUUUAAGCUGUGACUCCUGAAGGACAAAGUCACCUUUCUGUACACUACAUGCACAUUUUGAGGGACAAAAAAAAAUUAUUGUAUAAAUAUUCAUAAUAACCAAUUAGAUUGCAGCUUCAGGUUUGUAGUACCGUAGUUAAAGCAGGCAUAUGAUUGGUUGCAAUGUAUAUAGGAAUGUUUAACUUUGCACAGUUUGUUAUGAAUAUCUUUGAAUAAGUCUAUAGCAGGUGUCUCCAAAGUGUGGCCCUCCAGUUGUUGCAAAACUACAACUCCUUGCAUGCCCGGACAGCCAACGGCUGUCCGGGCAUGCUGGGAGUUGUAGUUUUGCAAGAGGGGAAGGUCCACAGUUUGGAGACCAUGGUACUAUAGGGUCAAGUCCACACGCUGCAUUCCACCGCAUGUGAAUGUGAUUUUUUUCUAUGAUCAGUGAAUUUUACCCAAACAAAUCCAGCGGUAAAACCUGCAGCAUUUCAGUCACCGUGUGGAUUCCCAUUAUGGCCAGUUUCACACACUCUCAAUAUAGCCGCAUCUUUGCGUCCAUAUUACGCCCGCAAGUCCCGGGCUCUGGUGAGUAGAGACCUAAAAUAUCAGUUUCAGGCCAUGUUCAGCCCGGAAUUCUGCCAAAAUGUAAAGCCCAUUAUGUUUAAAGGGUACUCCACUGAAAUAAAUAAAUAAUAAUAAUAAAAAAAAAAUAUAUAUAUAUAUAUAUAUAUAUAUAUAUAUAUAUAUAUAUAUAUUUGUUGCCAGAAAGUUAAACAAAUUUGUAAAUUACUUAUAUUAAAAAAAUCUUAAUUCUUCCAGUACUUAUGAGCUGCUAUAUGCUCCACAGGAAGUUCUUUUCUUUUUGAAUUUACUUAGACAGAGGUGUCAGCAAAGAGCACUGUGGUCAGACUAUGUCAGGAACUGUUCAGAUCAGGAUAGGUUUGCUAUGGGGAUUUGCUCCUACUCUGGACAGUUCCUAAAGUGGACAGAGGUGUCAGCAGAGAGCAUUGUGGUCAGACAGUAAGGAAAUGCAAAAAGAAAAUUACUUUCUGUGGAGCACACAGCAGCUGAUAAGUACUGGAAGUAAUUUAUAAAUCUGUUUGAACUUUCUGGUGCCAGUUCAUAAAAAAAAAAAAAAAAAAAAUGUUUUCCAGCGGAGUACCCCUUUAAUGGGAUUCAGCUGUCCCAUUUGCACAGUGGAAAUUCAGCAUACUGCAAAAAGAGCUGUCUUAACUUUUUGCUGAAUUUGCGGGUGGAAUCCCAUUGAACUCAAUGGAGCUUGAAUUUCGGAAGAAUUCUGUGUUUAGAAUCUUGCAGUUCUGUUCGGCAAGUUUUGCUGAAUGGAAUUUCUGCCAUGUGAACAUAGCCUCACAGACCAUUCUGGAGCUGUCGGUCAUUAGACCCGCGGUCCAGCUGGGACAUUCAGCCGUUCCAGGAACACAAAACCGUGGCCAGAUGUACACCUAUGUAGACGUACCAGAUCUGCUGCACAUUUCAUGCUGUUAAGUCAAUACGAAUAGAUAGUUGAAGACAGCGUCAGAUCUGCAGCAUAUACAGUAUGUGUGAAUGUAUCCUAAGUACUAGGCAGAAUGCAUUGGUUGCACCCAGUAAACUAAUUAUAAUAAAUGAUCAGUCGUAGGAAGUGUCUGUAAUCUGGAUGGCUUAUAGUCCCAUGCAGCUUCUCAUUAAAAUGCAUCUACGGAUACUAAAUCUUUCUCAGAAUUCUACCUUUCAUUUGUUUUUCAUUUAACAUGAAUAAGUUAUCAAAGUUGUAACUUGUUUUUAACCUUUCUUUAAUCUUAUUUUAAAUAAAGUUAAAUCCUUCAAUGAG